AUGAAUCCAAACAAACAAUCGAAUAGAAGAAAGGCAAAAGCACUCAAAUUAACUGUUGUCGAUUUUUGUUCUUCCAAUCCAACAUCAUCAACUAGAAGAAGAUCUAACAAUGAUCAUGCUGAUGUUGUUGAUGAUAAUUGUAAAGUAAUGACAAGUAAAUAUACAGAAUACUUUUCAAAUAAUUCAAAGCCUUUCCAAGUCAUUUCAUUUCCAUGCAAACCAACACAAUUCAAAACGCUUCAGAAAGAUGACUCAACAAGAAUUAGAAAGAAUAAGAGAAUGGCACUGCAUCAGCAAAAUGAUCAAUAUGGUAAUAAUAAUACAAUGGUCAGUAGUGGCGGAGGUGAUGAUUCGGUGGCAAGCCUUCAUCAAGAUAGAAUUGAAGAAUCUAAUGAUCAGCACCAACAGCCUUCAACACCAACUUCAAUUCAAUCAUCACCAAUUGAUAAAAAGAGACAACGAAGAACAUCAAUUACUAUAAGAGAAUUAUUAAAUUAUGAUGAUUAA